UAUCGCACAUGAUCAUUCCUUCACUGCCUCAGCUCUCCUGCUCUCCUGCCAUCGAUAUCUUGCCCUCUCACCUCAUCCCAACAUCACCUCACCUUGCUACACCUCUGUCAUGGUAGAAACAAUCAUCGUAGACGAGCCUCUCGCUCGCGUGGGUUGCAUUCUGGGUGAAGGUCCGGUGUGGGAGGCGGAGACGCAGACGUUGCAUUUCGUGGAUAUAUCAGCGGCGAAGGUAUACCACCUAGACGUCAAUACCCUCGAAUACCGAGUGGACGAAUUCGACGAGAAGAUUACCUCUAUCGCACUACGUGCGGGUCAUAAAGGCAGCCUAGCGUGCACAACGCAACGAGGUUUCGCUCUCAUCCAUUCAGCCUCCGAGCUUCAGUCCAACCGCCCGCAACUGGAAUACUUCGCCGAGCCAUUACCGCCCGCCCUUUUGCCUUACACCCGCUUCAACGACGGAGCGUGCGACAGUCGGGGGCGCUACUUUGCCGGCAGCGUCUUCAACAAGGCGCGGGAGGAGGUUGUGGGCAAGCUUUACCGGUACGACCCUGCGAAGCGGGGUACGGAGGAGGCUUGUGUGGUCGUCGACGAUGGGCCUUUCACUGAUUCGAACGGACUCGGCUGGUCCCCGGACGAGCGAACGUUUUACUUCACCGACUCCUGGAAAAGGCUUAUCUAUGCCUACGACUACGACGUCGAGACAGGUUCCAUCUCCAACCGCCGACCCUACCUGGACGGCGCAGCGCUGAACCUGCCGGGCAUCUUCGAUGGCCUGUGCAUAGACGACGAGGGAUGUGUAUGGUCGGCGAUGUGGAACGGCUCGCACCUGUACAGGUUCAAGGAUGGAGUCGUGGAUAUCGACUUGUCCUUCCCGAAAGUGUUGCGCGUAACGUCGUGCUGCUUCGGAGGCCCGAACCUGGACCAGCUGUACAUCACCACCGCACACUGCGCUGCAGAGGGUGGAAACGCCAACAUGCAAUACCAGUUCCCAGACUCGGGCCACCUCUUCAAGGUUGACUUUGCGGGUCGCUUCAGAGGAGCGAAGAGGGGGGUGUUCUUGCAGUAGCGCGUAGUUCUGAGCUGGAAGUGAAUGUAUCUUGAGGAGAGGAAGAGAGAAGUCUUUCAAGUACUAGUACUUAUCGUAGAGUUCAAACUAAUAGUGAAUUCAUCCCGUUCAACAUUCUCAAUUGCCCAUGAACACCCCGGUACGCGAAG